GGGCUUCACGGCUGGGGGUUUCCUUGCAGAACGAUAAAGGGAAUGGUCAUCGAGGGAUAACCAGAGAGCAAAAAUUCUAGCUGCUGUGGAGUUCUGCCGUGGAUCUUCUUCCGUUCUCCUUCUUCGUCCCUGCAGGGGGUUAGUGCCUUUAAUUUCCUCAUUCCUCUGUUUUGCAGGUCUAUCAAUCAUCAAACAGUAUACCCUUCUGCAACUAGCCAAGCACGGGUUCUAUUUCCAUUAAGAAAAAAGGAGAGAAGGACAAUUUUUCAAUUUUGAGGCAUUGGCAUCUGGUCGCUAGGAACCGUGGUGCGUGGGAGGAAGUAGGCAGUGAACUAGAAAUGGAGGGGACGUCGUUUUUACGGAACAGAUACUGGGUUUUGAGGCAUGGCAGGAGCAUUCCAAAUGAGAGAGGCCUUAUUGUUUCCUCAAUGGAAAAUGGUACGAAUCCUGAAUUCCAAUUGGCUUCCGAAGGAGUUAACCAAGCAGAAGUGGCUGGAAAGUUAUUCCUAAAGGAACUCGAGACUAGUAGUAUAUCAAUUGAAAAUGUACGCAUUUGCUACUCUCCAUUUUCAAGAACAAGCCACACUGCGAAAGUUGUUGCAAGUGUGUUAAACCUUCCUUUUCAAGGUCCACAGUGUAAGAUGAUAGAAGAUCUACGAGAACGCUACUUUGGUCCUUCAUAUGAACUUAAAUCACAUGACAAGUAUGCAGAGAUUUGGGAUGCUGAUGAGAAGGAUCCAUUUGCAAGGCCAGAAGGAGGAGAAAGUGUCAAGGAUGUUGCUUGUAGACUGGCAAGGGCAAUGGCUGCCAUGGAGUCAGAAUUCGCAGGAUGUGCCAUUUUGGUAGUCAGCCAUGGAGAUACCCUGCAAAUCUUGCAGACAAUAUUGAAUGCAGCUAAUCAACACAAGGAUUCAACUUAUGUUGAGUUAGAAUCAAGGUUAGAAGCAGUCCAAGUGCCACCCAUAUUAUCCCAACACCGCAAAUAUGCGCUGCUUACUGGAGAGCUCAGGAAAGUCAUCUGAUAUUUUGUUUCCUAGAAAAAAGGCAGCCAUUUUUUUUAUGGCCCUAUUGCAUUUACUGGUAUACUGUGAUCACAUUUUUGAAGAAUCAGAACGAAGAUUAAUUUGCAGACAUCAUAUGUGACAAUUUAUCUUAUCAAGAAUGUCGCAAUUCAAUUUCAAACUGUUAUGUAUUAGAAGUGUGAUGCAAUAAGAGGUUCAUAAUUGGUUAUCACAUGAUUUCUUUA